AUGGCCCGACUGAGCCUACACUGGGGCUUGGGGGCAACUGGGUCUGGCGCAGCGGCAGGUCGCUGGCGUCGUGGUGUUAGCGACCCCAACGCACUCGUCUUCGGGGCUUCCUCUCCACACCACCUCCCAGAGCCAGCACCACCACACUCCCCCAGCGGCGGUACACAUCGCAACCCCCCAGUAGAGCCGGGUUGGCUUCGCAUACACUACAACUGGUAUACUCGCUAUUCGAUUACCCUCCCCCCGACCGCUCUUCGUCCCGAAGCCCUUGCGACACCGGCAGUAUCGGUCCGUCGCCCACGUCUAUACACAAACAGCGUCUCUACAAGGGUUAUAGAACCAGACCAGGACAUCGGGAGCCGCGACAUGCAAGCCUCCCACCUCGCUGCGCAGCCUCGGGUGUCGAGCGCAAGAUCCACGGAGAGCGUCGAAGGCCGUGCUGCGGGCCCCCACCACAACUCAAGGCAUUCGGUCCCAGACUACGAUAUGCUCGCACAGGAACGUGACUCGGGCAUGAUGGACGUCUAUCCUAGCACGGAGACCGUCUCGGCGCACGAUUCCCUGUCGCCCUCCAAGCAGGUGCCCUCCAAGCAGGUCAGCUUCGAGCUCCUGCUCCCCCAGUCCCCUCAGCACCGGGCUAGACUACCAAUGAGGGUGAACAUCUUCCCUCACGAUUCGACUGAUUCUAUCAUCACAACGGUCAAGAACUUCUACGGGCUGUAUGAGCGCAGGGGCGUCAUCUUCGAGGACAACCACGGGAACAUCCUUAUUGCGAGGUAUGAGAACUUCGACCACGGCAUGAUCGUCUAUGUCCGAGUAUCAGCAGAAGACCUUGACGCCGACGACUACUCCCCUGCUCCACGACAGCUGACUGUGUCUCCUCGACAUUCUCGUCACCUUCUGGAAGACGGCUUCCAGAUGCUCCCUCCCACAGCCAAUCAGCAACUGGGCUCGAGAGCAGGGUCCCGCUCUGGCCGUCAAAGCCAGUCUCCACACCCUCGUGGUAGGAGGAGUGUCUCGGCCGCGACGCACUCUCGUCGCAACCGCCCAACUCUCAAGAGUCGUGGGAAUAGCUCCCACGGCAGCUUCGCUGAACGUCAUGGAGAGUACAGUGACAGCGACGGAGAGGGCUCCGUGACCAGCUCGCGCCGCUCUCGAAAGGAGCCUUUAGCAAGCGCUGAUAUCAGUGUCGACAACAUUGUCGAAGGUGGUCGUCGCAAGCGAGCGAAGUUUGACAGCUCGCUCCUUGCUCAGGAGCUCCCUCUUUUCGUUCCUCCUCAGGUCCCUAUGGCCAACUCCAUUUCGUCCGUUUCCCCUCAGCGCCGAAUCAGCGGCAACAUGGCUGGUUCACCAUACUCCACAAACCAGCAGACGUUCUCGUACGCUCACCCGCUGCCUUCGCCACAGAGUUACGGGCCGGGCGACAGCUCGUACAUAUCGAAUGGACUCAUCACGCCGUACUCGAUGUCCAGUGGCACAGCAGGGUACAAGCCGCGCCAGUACACGCACCGCUACUCUAACAGUGGUGGAGUUUUGCCAACCCCUGAGCACACCUUGAGCGUCAUUUCCGACGAAGAUGUUGCCCGCCAACUCAUGCGUUUGGGAGACGCCUCCAACUUCUCUACUCACGGCCGUACAUCUACUUCCACUCUGGACGACACCUUCAGUGGCAAGGCAGAUGCUGCUUCCUCUAGCGAUGAGAGUGACGAGGGCAGUCACAAUGGCAGCGAGCUCCCUCCUCUACCAUACACGAUGGAGCGGGCAAACAACGCUGUCCAUGCUUACGACAACGCAUUCAGCAGUGGCGAUGAGUACGACGACAACAACGACUCGUUCAAAGGCGAGAGCGACGAGAUUUCGCCUGAUCAGCAGAACGAUGUCCGUGUCCAGUUUGGGGCACCAAAGGCCCAUUCUUCAGUCUCAAACAAAUUUGGCAAGCCUACAAAGCCACGCUCGCUGUCUUCCAAGUCAAAGUCAAAGAACAACGGUAACAGCAAGCCGCCAAUGUCUCCAACCUCGCUGCCUUCUCAAUCGCGCAAGGCUUCAACUGCCUCAAUCAACUUCCAGCAUCAAUUCGGUGCUGAUGACGAGGACCUCUCGUCCAAGCCACGCUGCCAACGAUGCCGUAAAAGCAAGAAGGGCUGUGAUCGUCAGAGACCUUGCCAGCGUUGCAAGGAUGCUGGCAUUGGUGUUGAGGGCUGCCUCAGCGAGGACGAAGGCAACGGUCGCAAGGGGCGUUAUGGACGCCACAUGGGAGUGUCCGUCAAGACGACUCCAGCUUCAACCUCCAUGGGCCCGCCACCUGUGCAUGAGCAUCACAGCAUGCCCAUCGACGCUUCGCACUUUGCACUCACAGCCAGCGCGCUCGACAAGAGCAAGAAGCGCAAGAGGUGA